AUGGAUGGCCCUCCUCAACAUACCAUGACACUGCGAAAUGAAAGAGGUAUGCCUCCACUCUUAUCUACUCAUAAUUUUUGUAUUUCUCCUUCAGAAAUAGUGUACGCGCUAGAGGAGCUCGGCACGAAGGUACAACAGCUGCAGAAGAUGAAGUCCUAUCCAAGUACUCGGAAAUCAAAUGCCCUCUACGAAUUUCACCAGGAAUGGGGUCAUAAAAUCAAGGACUGCAUAGGUCUGCGGCAGGAGGCGGUGAGGAUGCUAAAUCAGGGAGACCUGAGAGAACUGAUGAGCGACCGAGGGCAAGCCAAUUUUGCCCGUAGACGCGAGCAACCUCAAGGACCUCCAACACUGCCCUCUCCCGCUCGCACCAUACAAAUGAUCAUCGAUGGAGGUGAUAGGACAGCAAUCAACCAUGUGAAAUUCACCACUGCACACAAACUCAAACGGUUGAUCACUCACGAACGGUAUGAUGACCUCGAAGAUAGUAUCGUCUUCGAUAAGUUGGAUACCGACGGUUUGUCUUUCCCUCACUAUGAUGCUCUAGUUAUUACUUUACGUAUUGCGGAUACUGAUGUGAAAAGAAUAAUGGUAGACGGUGGAAGCAGCGCGUGUAUUAUCCAUCCUCUAGUCCUUGCACAGAUGGGGCUCGAAGGUAAAAUAAUACCGCAUUGCAUAACGCUAACGGGUUUUAAUAAUGCAGUCGAGCAAACUUCUGGAGAAUUAGUGCUACCCAUUCUAGCUGAAGGAGUCACCCUGGAAACAACGUUUCACAUCAUGGACUAA